AUGGGGCACCAGGUGAGGUGGAUGCCAGCCCCACCUCCCAGCUUUGAUGGGGGAGCCUGUAACUGUAACCUGCACGCCCGGCGCUGCCGCUUCAACACCGAGCUGUACAAGCUAUCGGGGCGCAAGAGCGGGGGCGUCUGCCUCAACUGUCGCCAUAACACGGCUGGCCGCCACUGCCACUACUGCAAGGAGGGCUACUACCGCGACAUGGGCAAGCCCGUCACCCACCGGAAGGCCUGCAAAGCCUGUGAUUGCCACCCCGUGGGUGCUGCCGGCAAGACCUGCAACCAGACCACCGGCCAGUGCCCCUGCAAGGACGGCGUGACGGGCAUCACCUGCAACCGCUGCGCCAAGGGCUACCAGCAGAGCCGCUCGCCCAUCGCCCCCUGCAUAAAGAUCCCCGUGGCACCUCCGACCACCGCAGCCAGCAGCGUGGAGGAGCCGGAAGACUGUGAUUCCUACUGCAAGGCCUCGAAAGGGAGGCUGAAGAUUAACAUGAAAAAGUACUGCAGGAAGGACUAUGCGGUCCAGAUCCAUAUCCUGAAGGCGGACAAAGCAGGGGACUGGUGGAAGUUCACGGUGAACAUCAUCUCCGUGUACAAGCAGGGCACAAGCCGCAUCCGCCGCGGUGACCAGAGCCUGUGGAUCCGCUCCCGGGACAUAGCCUGCAAGUGUCCCAAAAUCAAGCCCCUCAAGAAGUACCUGCUCCUGGGCAACGCGGAGGACUCGCCCGACCAGAGCGGCAUCGUGGCGGACAAGAGCAGCCUGGUGAUCCAGUGGCGGGACACGUGGGCGAGGCGGCUGCGCAAGUUCCAGCAGCGGGAGAAGAAGGGCAAGUGCAAGAAGGCCUAGCGCGGAGGCAGUGGCGCGCCGGGGGGCGGGGCCGAGCGCGAGCGCGCUUUCCCGG